UUCUCAGGCUGCUUCAAUGGAAGGAGGGAGCCACGAAGGAGGCCUGGCAUAAGUGCAGAGAUGAUAAUCACAACAUGGAUUGUGUACAUCCUUGCUCGGAAAGGUGCCGGGCUCCCCUUCCCACCCAAAGUCAGCUCGGAUGUGGAAGUUACAGAGACCGAGGCUGUGUCUGUAGUACAGCAUUGGUUGAAAAAGACUGAAGAAGAGGCUUCCCAGGAGAUAAAGGAGAAGAUGUCCACCAACUUCCCUCCCAUGCAAGGCCAAGAUGUACACGUGACUAGAGAUGUGGUGAAGCACCACCUCUCAAAGUCUGGUUUGUUAGCAAACCAGAGUCAAGAGGUCCUGGAGGAGAGAACACGAAUCCAGUUCAUAAGAUGGAGCCAUACCCGUAUCUUCCAAGUGCCGAGUGAGGCAAGAAACGAAGCUAUGCGAGAUAGGAUAGAGCAGGUGAGACGAAGCAUAUGCCAUCUUUCAGAUGAGAUCUCUCAGGAGCUUCGCAACAGAAAUUCCUACUCCGAAUGCUGAGAGCAGCAGGUAGGUGUCCUUCAGGAUCAAGGAGCAGCCUGUGUUGGAAGGAUGUCCACCGACCUUGACCUGAGGAGCAACCACACCUGGGCAGUGAUGAUCCAGCGGGUGAGCCCUGCCUUGUGACAGCGGAGCACUGGAAUCUUCCUGCUGAACUGCUGAUAAAGAGACGUGCUAUUUAACCACCACCCCGGCCUCUGGUGUGAGUGCCUUGCUACCGUCCAUUCUUCGGAUCUUGAACAGCCAUGGGCUUGCCUCUGGGGACCCAGGAUCGCUGCCUUGUGGGGAGACAGUGACAGGCCCCCGCCACUGUGUGAAGCAGGGCUUGCUGGGGGCUCCUGGAGUAUUAGGGGCAGGCUGUGCUGCGGCAGGAGGACUUCCUGGGGGAGAUGCGACAUGUGCGCUUCACUCAAGUAUUUC